AUAAAUAAAUAUGGCUUCCCCCCUCCCAUUUGCAGUUGCUUCCCGUCGAAGGACACCAUCUCCCUCGCUCUCGCUCUCUCGCUCGCUCUCUCUCUCUCUCUCUCUCUCUCUCUCUCUCUUCCCAAGGCUUUUGGUGUGAAUAUCUCACCGGUUGGAGCUGCCUCUCUUCUUGUUCGCCGAGUUUGUGCUGCAGAGGCGUCAGGAGACUGUGUCAUCAGCUACAAUGGUUUCGUUCGAAAUGAAUGAUCGUAAAAAGAUCGGUCUUGGGCUGACUGGAUUUGGGGUCUUCUUCUCGUUCCUGGGAAUUGUCUUCCUUUUCGAUAAGGGACUGAUUGCCAUGGGAAAUAUCCUCUUCUUGUCAGGGGUGUCAUUGACUAUUGGAUUGAAGUCGACCAUGCAGUUCUUCAUGAAACGACAGAAUUUUAAGGGAACAAUAUCCUUUGGAAGCGGCUUCUUCUUCGUUAUAAUUGGAUGGCCUAUUCUUGGCAUGAUUUUGGAAUCUUAUGGAUUUAUUGUACUUUUCAGUGGCUUCUGGCCAACUCUUGCUGUUUUCAUGCAAAGGAUACCUAUUCUUGGAUGGGUGUUGCAGCAGCCUUACGUCAGAUCGCUCUUUGACCGUUACCGGGGGAGACGAGUACCCGUGUAGAUGAAGAAUCACAGCACCAAGUCAAUGCACGAAUGCACACACCUAUUUGAAAUGAAGUUCUGUUCACGAGUCCUGCAUAAGAUAUGGAAGGAUGCUUUUUCUGCUGCUGUCUGUUCCCUUAUCAUCGAUAGGAAUUAGGUUUUUGCUCUUUUUCGGUGAACAGAAUUAGUUAAACUCCGUGCUUUUGUAAUUGAAAGAAAAAAGGAAAAAAUAGAUGAGCUUUUGACGACCCUAUGCUGCCCCUAUCAAUGAAUGUGAGCACUGAGCAUUGUUCCAA